AUGGAUGCUUCCUACGAACACGAGCGGACGAUAGCGGAGCUGGCGGUGCAGCGGGCGUCUCUGUUGACCAAAAGGAUUCUCGCCGACUUGGACAAGGGCGCCCUCGACAAGAGCGAUCGCACUCCGGUCACCGUUGGCGACUUUGGCGCUCAAGCGCUGAUGAUUGCUGCCAUACACUACAACUUCUCCCAAGACUCGUUCAUCGGCGAAGAAACGGCCACUGCACUUCGUGAGAAUGAUCAACUACGCCAACGUGUCUGGGAUCUGGUUUCUACCACACACCUGCAAGACAAAGAGGCGGAUACGCGAUUGGGAAGCAUUGCAUCAGCAGAAGAAAUGAUGGACACAAUCGAUCUGGGCAACCAUCCAGGAGGCCGCAAAGGUCGCAUCUGGAUCCUGGAUCCUAUCGACGGCACCGCCACAUUCAUGCGCAAUCAACAAUAUGCCGUCUGCUUGGCCUUGAUUGUCGAUGGCAAGCAGAAGGUAGGCGUCAUUGGCUGCCCCAACCUGAAUCUCAGCACUGGCAAGAUAUCCGAGGAGAAUGCGGACAAUGCUGGCAAUGGUCAAAUGCUCUCUGCUAUCAAAGGUCGAGGUGCUAUCAUCAGGCCGCUGAGCAAUGCAGGACUCCAGCCAUCAAAGCCGAUCAGCACACGGGACGACAUUUCCACCAAUCCCGAAAAUCUUGACUUCGUCGAGUCAGGAAGUAGCAAGUCUGUCGAUCUGGAAUUUCAUCGCAAGGUAGCCGAGAAGCUGGGCGCUCCAUGGCCUGGUACCGACAUGUGGUCUUCUCAAAUGCGAUACAUCGCCAUGGCUGUUGGUGGUGGCGACGUCAUGUUGCGUUUCUACAGCAAGAAGGGCCACAAGUCUUACGUGUGGGAUCAUGCAGGAGGGUUCCUCAUAUUUGAGGAGUCAGGCGGCAAGGUCACCGACCUAGAUGGCAAACCCAUCGACUUUGGCGCUGGAAGGAGAUUCGAGAACAACAGCGAGAUGGUGGCUGCUCCCGAGAAGGCCCAACCGCGUAUUUUGCAACUCGUCAACGAAAUGCUUGGAGCCUGA